GACCAGGGUCACCGAAGUUGUGCGCCCUCUCAGCUAGGGAAAAUUAUAUAACAAUUCAAGAUGGCAGCCUCCAGGAUCCCACCCGCUGCGAUGAGUUUGAAGCAGUUUAUGCUGCGUCAGCAGGUGAUUUCACUUUACCGAGAUGUUUUCAGAGCUCUACGUGCUAUGCCUGAUGAUGCACAGAAGAAAGAGGUUAAAGCUUGGGCAAAGGAAGAGUUCCGCAGCAAUCAACAUCACAAAGAUGAGAUGGUGAUUAAGAUGUUGCUGACGCAAGGCCGGCAAUCUCUCAGAGAGCUCCAGAAGACUGUCAAUAUGGCUAGGUGAUGGUAAUCAUUGACCUCAGAUGACCAUUUAGCUAUGAGCCAGUGCAUGGAUCUCCAUAUUCAGCUGAGCACACUGUUGGAGCAAUUUGGAUAUCAUCAGCUCAGGAUGAAAUCCUGGACCUGGGAUUUUACAAUCAUGCAACUGAAGAAAACUGAUAAAUCAAAUAUCCGGAGGAGAGGAUCAAAACCUAGAAUAGUUGAUUCAGUCAGGAACAGUUUUUCUCAGGACUCACUGAGCAUACUGUUGGAGCAAUUUGAAUAUCAACUCGGGGUGAAAUUCUGGGAUCUUGAAGUAAAUUCCUCAAAGGUUAUUCCAAGGAGAUGAUUUCAACGAAAAUCAUUGAUUCUGUCAGGUGCAGUUCUCAGGACUCGGUGAAGCAAGGAUCUUCAGUAAGGUGAGGAAGAUGAGAUGACUUUCAGAUGGCAGAUUCCAUUGGCAAAAUGGGUUGUUGAACGACGUAACAGUUACUUUAGAGAAAAUAGUAUUACCAUAGUGGCUGCAAAUAAAACUUGAAUGUUCUUUAUUUAGCAGUAACACAAAAGAGAUCGUUGGUACGCCAUUGGACAUAAUGUAAAUAGCUUCGACCAGGUUAGUCUGUUUUGUCGACUGAUUGGAGGCACGAUAGCUCAGUCGGUAGAGCAGGGGUUUCGGACUCUGGUGACCCAGGUUCGAUUCCCACUUGGUGCGCAAGUACCCUUUAGUAAGGCAUUACUCCUCAUUACCAGGUCCCUUGGGGAGGACCUUAAGAUGUCAGUCCUCUGGUUGCUUACUUACAAAAAUUCAUUCUUUCUUAGCAAUCGGGUUAAAAAAUAACUACCAUUUACUACCAUUAGGACUGUAGCAUUAGUAAGCAACCAGAAGACCAAACACUGUUCUUCUUCUUUUGAGGGAUGUAGUAAUAAGUAUUGACCCUAGUGCAUCAAAAAUGAUUAAGUUUGUGCAUGAUGAGACAUCUGCAACUACCAAGAUGUGUGAUAAUGUACUCACUCAAUAGGCCUUGGCUAUUUUUAAACGAGGGGACUAAAACCUAAAAGAUUACAACCACGCUGAGUUCAAAGUAACCUUGUGUUUCAUAUUCAUGAGGCACAUGGUAGUCGUGGAUUUCAGCUGGGUAAAUUCCAUAAAUCCCCUGCUACUAAUGAAAUCCAUAAUUCAAAACAAUUCUAGAUUUUACCCCCAGACACAGCUUCAUCUAUGCGGAGGUCCAUAUCAACAAAUAUAGCAAACACCAAGACACUUUCAUAUAAAUAGGAAAGUCUUAUUCAUUUAUUAUGGCAUCAAUCUGCUUUAAUUAAGUCUGAAUGUGUUGACCUUACCAGAUUGUAAUCAAUCAUUUGUACCAGAUUAUGUAAAGCGUGAUAUAAUGUACUUCCAAGAAAAAAUUCUUUUUAGUCAAACCGAUUUUUGUGAUCCCCCAAAUUCAACAAAGGCGGACUCCAUGAUCACAUGUUAUGCACUGAGCUUAUUGCAUUUUCUCUGGAAGCAGUAGAGGGGAGAUAUGGGUGAUGUUCCACACCAUCUUAUUAUGUAUUAACUACAUUGUAACUCAACUCAAUAGGCCUUAAUUUGCCAGAAGCUCUAGGAAUAGGUAACAACAGAACAAAGAGCACCUGCUCUACUAAAGAGUAAUCCUUUCAUUGAUGAUCUGGUUAUUGAUUUCUUUCAUAAGGAACGUUAUGCUUAUAAAGUGGCAUCCUUACUUGCAUUUGACCAACAACCCUUAUAUUUACAUGUAGGUCUACUAACUCAACACAGCAUUUUAUCCAUACUCUGCAUUUGCAACCACAUUACAACAUGCUUUUUUACCAUAAUGGAUAAAAAUUAGAAGUUUGGUCAUAAUUAUACUUCUUUAUUUCUAUUUUUAUUGUUUGAUUAUCUAUCACAGACAAAAUUUUUGCACUCAAAGUUGAUCUUGUUUUAUUUUUCCUGCCACCUAGAAAAGUAGAUCGUAAAUCAUAAUCCAAACUAAUGCUUAUUUCCUUUGUAAAAUCUUGAUGAGUUUUAGUGAGAAAUUGUUAAAGGUCAAGUACACCCCAGAAAAUUGUUGAUUUGAAUCGAUAGAGAAAAAUCAAACAAACAUAACGCUGCAAAUUUCAUCGAAAUCGGAUGUAAAAUCAGAAGGUUAUGACAUUUUUAAGUUUCGCUUAUUUUUCACAAAACAGUUCAAUGCGCAACUCAGCGAUAUGCAAAUGAGAGAGUCGAUGAUGUCCAUCACUCACUAUUUCUUUUGUUUUUUAUUGUUUGAAUAAUACAAUAUCUCAAAUUUUACAGAUUUGACAAUAAGGACCAACUUAACUUAACCAUAAACUGUUAAAAUAAUGGUAAUUGCACAUGUUCAGGGAGAAAAUAAACUUUGUUUCACUUGACAAGGAGGAGAAAAUUAGAAUAUUUCAUAUUUCAUAUAAUAAAAUACAAAAGAAAUAGUGAGUGGGUGACGUCAUCAGUCUGCCAAUUUGCACACCGACCAGGAUGUGUAUAUAACUGUUUUGUGAAAUUAAGCGAAACUUUAAAAUGUCAUAACUUUCUUAUUUUACACCCGAUUUUGAUGAAAUUUUCAGCAUUUUGCUUAUUGGAUUUUUCUCCUUUUUUUCAAAUCAACUUUUUGUUGGGGUGGACUUGUCCUUUAAGAGUUCAACCAUACGCCUGGGCCCUGUACCACAAGUGACGAAUAGCGAAUAUGAAAGAAUGCUUCUGAUUGGUUCCUGGUCAGUAUUUUGAGCCUAAUGCGUGUGUGAAAUUGAUCUUUACUGGUCAGUUAAUUUAGCGAUUGAUCGCUAAUCGUGUUACAAAGUCCAAGCCAUGAUGUGGUAUCAUUUGUAUGAUAAUUUCAUGUGUUCUGAUUCAUGUUUGUUACAUAUUUCUUAUUUAUUUUUCUUUCCCGUUUAAUAUGGCAUCAUUAUUCGAUUAAGUUAUUUGAUGGUAAAUCAGAACUCAGCAAAGAAUUAUGGAUUCAUAUACCAUUCUAGUGAUAGUAGCCCAUAUAAGGGAAAACUCUGUGGCCUUAAAGGGGAAUCCAGCCUUUGCCAUAAAAUGUUGUGUUGGGAAGGAGAAAAAUAAAUUAAAUAGAAUGGCGAAAGUUUGAAAGAAAUCGGACAAGGGAUAAGAAAGUUAUAGCUGCUUUUAAAUUGAGAUCACUAAUAAGUAUGUAGAUUUCAAAUUGGCAACUGGGUAAGUAAAUUAUGACAAGGGGCAAGGACAACUUUCCCAUAGGCCAUGUACUUUAUUAUCAGGGAUUUGUACCCAUUCCCCUGGGGCAGUAAUCUAAUUAUAAUCCAGGUAUAUUGUUUUAUGUCCUCAUGAUGAAAGAAAAAUAUAAUUUGAAAUAAUUUUUUUUGGGAAAAUGACAUUUUAGCCACAAUAUGUAUUGGAGUACAUGGAAGAGUAGUCCUUGCCUUACAUCACUAUGACAUCCCAUAUGCGGCCAAUUUGAAGUCUCCAUGGGUAUAGUGAUUACCAAUAUUUACAAGUUUUUAAAAAUCAUAACUUUCUUGUUGUUUGUCCAAUAUUGUUCAAACUUUCACCUAUCAACUUGUCUGAUUUUUCUUUUUCUUAUAAAAACAAGUUUUUAUUUGGGUUGGAUUCCCCUUUAAAUUAGAGGUGAAUACAAGAACAGAUCAACAAGACAGAAUGGAAUUAUGUACAAAAUGAUGUUUUAUUUCAGAUUAAUGUGUGGUGCUAGUGCAAAUAAAUAAUAUAUGUUAUAACA